CACGUCUCUCCUCCGCGCUCCGCUCGCUGCUGCCGCCGCUGCCGGUGAUGGUCGGCCGGUUCCCGGAGAUGUAGCCGAGGCUGCGCUGCUCCGGAGCCUGGACCCAGUCCGACGAUUCUGCGGAAAGUUUUGGCUCUCCUCCUCCUCCUCCUCGUCCUCCUCGGAUGGAAGAAGUUUUGAGACAAAGCGACCACAACGGGGUGGUUUUCUCCUCUGUUCUGUGACGAUGUCGGGAGCCCAGCUCUGACGGUUUCGUGAUGUCUUGGGGGGAGUUCAUCGAGCUCCGUGACCUGAACUCCAGCGGAGACCACAUAGCACUCGCGGGCCCGCAUUCGCCAUGCUCGCCCCCGCGCCUGGAGAGGACGAACGCGUUGAGGAUCAGCCCGGGGAAGGUGCCCGACCUGCUGAGCCGCGCGGGCAUCAUCCGGGUCCUGAGCAGCUCCCAGGACCCCCAGUUCGUGGAGGAGAGAGGAGAGGGACACAACUUCCAACCCUGCAGCCACGCUCAGCCAACGUGGUGCGACCUGUGCGGUGACUUCAUCUGGGGCCUCUACAAGCAGAGCCUGCGACUGCAGAUUCACGUGCCACUACCGCUGCCGUGCCCUGAUCCGGCUGGACUGCAGCUGGGAGCGAGGCUCUGCGGCGGACCUCACGGCCGUUGUCGAGCACACCAUAGAGACAGACACCAAUGUGCGAUAAGAAGCAUGGCAAGCGAGGCGAACAGUUCGGAAAAGACCCCCUCCUUCGAGAUGACAUGGGGCAGCUCCACCAGCAGCGGCUACUGCAGCGAGGAGGACUCCGACUCCGAGUUCGAGCAGUACUUCACCGCCCGGACAUCCUUCUUCCCCAAAACCCCAAAGCCCAACGUUACCGAUAACAACGUUAAGAAGGAUGAACAGAUUGAGUCUGGAAAACAGGAGCUGACCACUGCUGAAAUUCUGCAGAAAGUGAGGGAAUACAACUCCCAGAUCAAUAGCAAUCUGUUCAUGAACAUGAACAAGGAUGGUUCCUACACCGGUUUCGUGAAGGUACAAUUCAAACUAGCACGGCCUGUGUCGGUUCCAGCGCCAAAGAAAGGAGGUCCUGAUGCUGGAGGGAGGCGAGCCAGCGGGGUGAAGCGUCGCACCUCCUUCUACCUCCCGAAGGACGCCUCCAAGCAUUUGCACAUAAGUUCCCGAACAUCUGCUCGCGAGGUCAUCGAGGCUUUGCUGAAAAAGUUCACUGUGGUAGACAAUCCCGGCAAGUUUGCACUGUUUGAGCGCAGCGAGCGCCACGACCAAGUAUAUCUCCGCAAGCUUCCCGAUGACGAGCGGCCCCUCCGUUUACGCCUGAGUGCCGGGCCGAACGAGAAGGUCCUCAGCUUUGUUCUGAAAGAAAAUGAAACUGGUGAAGUGAAUUGGCAUGCUUUCUCCAUGCCCGAGCUGAAGAACUUCCUGCUCAUCCUGCAGCGUGAAGAGGAGGAGCACGUCAAGCAGAUCGUGCAGCGAUACACCGUGGCUCGCACCAAGAUGCUGGAGGCGCUGUCCGGCUCGACCCCGGGCUGAAACCGCUCUGCGCUCGGGGUUUUCGAUGCGCAGCUCCCCACCGGUCGAUCGUGACCGGUCGCGGCUGCACGCAAAGAUCCCGGAGAAGACGUCAUGGAAAAAAAAAAAAACACCUCUUGGAUGAACGAGAGAGUGAGAUAGGGCGCAAGACUAUGAGAGCGAAAGAGCUAGCGCGUAUGUUCGUGUGAAAUGAUGCGAGAGAUGAGAAGUGCCUUACACCUGGAGAGUCUGUGCCUGAGAGAAUGAGUUGAGAGGACUGAAGACUGGCAGACGGGACAGGGGUUGUGAUAUUCUACACCUAACGGGUGCCAUCUGAUUAUUCUGUGCCUCAGCUAUCAGACUUCAGCUUAGAUAAGACUUUUUUUUAUAUAUUUAUAUUUCGGCUAUUUUUGUGAAAACCUGUCAAAUGGUAAUACCAUACUUUAACCGAGUCUGUUUUAAAAUACAGAAAACUAAAUGGACGUGUUUUUAAAGCAAAAAUGCUUUGACCCUUUAGGUUCAUUUUCAUUUCAGACGUUCCCAAAAAUCUUAGAUCGUUAUUCUUUAUAAAAUGUCCCAUUUCUAUAGCUGAAAGGUAUUUAGGAUUUUCACGGCACCCAAGUCCAACGUGCUGCCAUGUCCACUCUACACCCCCGAUGGGUACAACUCUUUGCUCAGCGGUCACUUUGUGAGUAUGACUGAGGUAUGGACAUUUGUAUGCGAUUAUGAAUGUCAGAGAGCUGUGUCGCAAGUCACUCUAGGUGACUGGAUUCGUGAAUGACUGUUGCCAUGUUUGUCUUUUAACUGGACACUGCUUAUCAUCUUUUAUAUUCGUGUUUAUUUUUCUUUCUUUCUGUUAAUCACCUAAAUGUUUGUCUUCUGUUUUUCUUCCACUUUUCCGGCAGUCUAUGCACAGUUUUAAAUGUAGCAGUCUUAUGAAUGUGUGGAGGGUGUACACAGCGUUUAAUAAAAAAAAUUAAAAGUG